AUGUCUACCUUUCCGACAGAACUCUGGCAGAUCAUCUGUCACUACCUGUCAUCUGAUGAACUCGCAUGCCUGAGACUCGUGAACAGAACACUUGCUGAUGUUGCUGCCGAAACACUAAUUACAGAAAUUCGUUUCGAUACAAGCCAUGAGUCGUUCGAGCGUCUUCAGGCGGUUGCAAACCACAAUCUGCUAUGCAAAGGGGUGAAGAAGCUCGUCUACGAGGGUGGUAUGAUCGAGGAUGCAGGAUGCAUUCACCACUAUUCACAUCAUUAUGAUGCACUACAUCCCACUCUAGGGAAGCCGCUCCCACCUCAAGACAACGAGAAAAGCACACGUGCAGAUCGUCUUCAUGCUCGGAACUUGGCAAAAUUCGAAAAGACCAUGCAGGAACGUUAUAGAGAAUACCGUACCCUGUAUGAGGCUCAACAAAACCUAGCUGAGACAGCAAACCAGUAUUUGUCUUGUAUAGCACGGCUCAGAAAUCUCGACGAAGUCAAUCUGAAAACCGAUACUCCCUGUGUACACCAGGUAUCUCCUGUCUUUCGGAAGAAGUACUAUCAGGACUGUGCUGUCAAGAUCAGCCUUGAUACAGCCUCUUCUGUCUGGCAGCUUGAGAACCUUCUUCACAAAACAGGACUGACACGACUUUCAGCCCGGCAAUUAUCACCAGAAUUCUUUGACGGCACCGGCAUCAGGUCCAAACCUUGGCUCGCUUCACGGUUCAGCAAAAUGGAACGAAUUCAAUUGAUGUUUCGCCCUGAUUUCGAUAGUACUGUUGCAGACGCCGAUGCUUCGAUUCCCAUAGGCAGUCUGACAUUGAAAGCAGCAAGUCUACUAGCGUACUCACUAGGUACAGCCACAAAUCUCCAAUCACUUACUGUGAACUUUCAUCCAGUCAUAGAGGAAACAGCUGGUCAGCUCAUUCACAUCAUGGCCGGCACUUCAUUUGCGAGCUUGACUCAUCUUGAUCUGGAUUUCUUCUCCACUACUGAGGACUACUUCGUCCAGAUGCUAAAGCGUCAGCCGAAACUGUCUGGGCUCUAUAUUGCGUUCGCUGUUCUGACCGAAGGUCGGUGGGCCAACACGAUCAAAAGAAUGAGGUAUGAAUUAUCGUUGGAGGAAUUCUUUUGCAAUGGGCAGCUGGAGGAUCCGGAAAUGAUGUUCUCUCUUGAUCUGUGUGAGCGGGACAUGUGGCGGGAUGGAGACAAGCACACCCUGUCCAGUGCUAUCGACCUCUAUGUGACAGAUUCCAACUACCCAGUCGACGAGGAUGAUUUCGAUAUGGAAGACCCAGAUGUAGAUUUUGACAUAGUCUGGAACCCUAUCUACCGAAUCGACGAAGACUUCGACAGCGAAGAGGACCUUACACUCGACCUGGGUCCAAUAUCGGACGACGACGAGAAGCACGGUAGCGAUUCCUCUGGGUCGGAUUCAGAUGAGGAAAACGACAGCGACGACGAAGACGAGGACUUGCCGGCUCUUAUGGACAUCGAUUGA